AUGGAGGUAAUGGAAGUGUUGGAGCUGAGGAGAGCUCGGAACCCGUUUCAGGGAAAUGGAGGUAGAGAAAAUCUUCGUGGCAAAAGUCGACGUGAGGAUUUGAUAGCCGACAGGGUCGGCGGUGGUGACGAGGUGAGGUUCAUAUCUGCAACGGUGAGGUCGCGAUCGGUGGUGUUGUGUUAUGGCGGAGAUGGAGCAAUGGAUGCUCGAAGACGUAGUAUCGCUUUAUCGACGUUAUGCCUUCGUAUUUCGCAUUAUGGUCGUCGUUUCAAUAUGUUCCUCAUUAACGGUAAUAUGAUACUCUCCUGCUUCUCCUGUGUAUUCGAUCUGCAAUGCGUUGAUGAUUAA